AAAAGAUUAAGAGCCAGAGAAGCAAUCUUCACACAUAGGGCCAGCCAGCAGACGGAGUGGAUCCCAUCCUGGCAGGUGACCCGAGGCCUGACCCCACAAGAUGCCAAGAGAAGAGGCUCACUACAUCUAUGGUUCCCGCAAGAAGGGGCACGGCCACUCCUACGUCACAGCUGAAGAGGCUGCAGGGAUUGGCAUCCUGAUAGUGAUCCUGGGAAUUUUACUGCUCAUCAGCUGCUGGUACUGUAGAAGACGAAGUGGAUACAGAAGCUUGAAGGACAAAAGCAUUCAUGCUGGUACUCAAAGUACCUUAACAGGAAGAUGUUCACGUGAGGGGCUUGGUCACCAGGACACCAAACUGCCUUUUCAAGAGAACAAUUGUGAACCUGUGGUUCCCAACGCUCCACCUGCCUAUGAGAAACUCUCCAUGGAACAGUCACCACCACCUUACUCUCCGUGAGAGCUAGCGAGGCCCCUGAGAGAUGCUGAAAUGAUUUCCCU